AUGGGUUUCUACUACUCCCAGUUCUUUGUCCAGCCGGCGUAUCCCACGCAAUCUUUCGCCGGGCAGACAGUAAUUGUUACUGGAGCCAAUGUUGGUCUGGGCCUAGAGGCUUCCCGUCACUUAGUCCGACUCCAGGCAGAGAAAGUAAUCCUGGCUGUCCGCAACGUUGCCGCUGGGGAAGAGGCAAAACGAGACGUCGAACUAUCCACCGGCAGGAUAGGAGUGUGUGAGGUAUGGGAGCUGGACCUUGCAUCCUAUGCCUCUGUUCAAGCAUUCGCCUACAAAGCCACUCAGCUGCCUCGAUUAGAUGUUGUGAUCGCAAAUGCCGCUAUUGCUACAGCCACCUUCAGCAUCGCCGAGGGACAUGAGCGGACAAUCACCGUUAACGUCAUUAGCACCAUCUUGCUCACCUUACUGCUGCUCCCCAAGUUACGGGAGACUGCUGAGAAACACCCACAGGCAAAUCGUCCUCGCAUUUCGGUCGUAGUCAGUGAGACACACGCCUGGACCCCGUUUCCUGAGUACAAGGCCGAGAACAUAUUCGAAAAGCUAGAUGACCCGACAGCUGCUGACAUGACCGACCGAUACGCCAGCUCAAAGCUAAUGGAUAUCCUUAUUCUCAGGGAGAUGGUGCACCGGGCGUCAGGUGCCUGGCCAGAGGUGGUAAACAUGGUGAAUCCGGGCCUGUGUCAUUCGAGGCUCGCGCGUGAACUGGGCUGGGGCUUCUGGCUCUUCAAGCAGGUAGUCGCUCGGUCCACAGAGGUGGGCAGCCGAACGCUGGUUCUAGGAGCUGCUGCUGGCCCCGAGAGCCAUGGAAAGUACAUGGUCAAUGGGAAAGUUGAUGAUAGUGCUCUGUCCGGCUUUGUACGUAGUCCGGAGGGAAGAAACGCUCAGCAGAAGCUGUGGGAGGAGCUUGUUCCCAUCCUCGAAGGAAUCAAGCCGGGUAUUAUGCAGAAUCUGUAG